GAGCAGCGGCUUAGUGGUCGAUUGUUAUUUUUUAUAGGGUUUAUGCAAGUGUCUGGCCGAUGGCAGUGUUAGAUAGAUGGGUAAUAUUUAGCAAGAAUCCUGCGUCUGUCCACGAGCAACGGGAAAUCAGCAUGCUUUAGUUGGCAUUUGCACAAGCAUUUCAGAAAGCAGAGAAACUGAUCAGUUUAGGUUCUUUGAAUCUGGCUAGCUACUCUCUGUUAGCUAGCAGGAUAACCUGAAAACAUUUGACUCGUUCAAAGUUUGCUUCAUCAUGGCAAAAGUGGAAUCUGGAGGGAAACCUGCAUCAGUUGAAAGUUUAGUUCAACUAUGCUUAAAAGGCACGUGCCACCACAUGUCUGUUCUCGAGGACAGGAUUGCAGAGCUUCCAGACACUCUUCUCAAAGACCUCCUUCCUCACCUCAACAUUGUUUACCUCGACCGAAUUGAGCCAGUGGUUCAAAGCAAAGGAAUGACCACUUCAUUUGUGUGGGAAUCCAUAUUUAAAGACCUGGUCAAGACUUGGCGUUGCAGACAAAUGGUUUCACAGCCAACCUGUGGCUGGAAGCAGAGGACCAUGGAGAGGCUCUUCCAUGUGGCUCUCUACACUCACAACAGAGGGGACAAGAAGUACCUGUCAGACCUCACGGAGCAGACCGUCCUCUCCCUGACGGUCACGUAUGUCCAGACUUUGUCGGUAGUGUCCAGGAAGGUGUGUCGACUGGCCUCAGAGGACCUGAGGCCCAUCUUAUCCACGCUGGAGAGAGGGGUAGGGUGCCUAAAGCUACUGGAUCGCUGGGGCCCGUGGACGGGCGUGGAGACGGACCUGCUCUACAUCCUGCACCGGCUACUGGACCAUGGCUCUGUGAAGGAGGUGGAGAUGGGCCGCUGCUAUGGGCUGGACCUGCAGAACUGGAUCACCACCCGCUGCAGACGAACUGAGAGGGUGGCGCCCUAUUUGAACCACAAUUCUGGCGACGUGUCCGUGGCAGGGCCGUCCACUGAGCCUCACUGUUCGUACGUCAGCGUGCCAGGCCCCCAGUGUAGCGGCGCCUCGGCCACAGAGGGAGGAGGGCCUUGCAAACGCAGGAGGAUUAUCUGGCUGUCAGAUAUGCCCACAGAAUUCCCAUGCGACACAUUUCUGCCCAAGUGUGGCCCCAUUUGUCCAAAGGGCGAGAUAAACUUGCUGGAUAUGCAAGUGACCCCAUUUGAGAUCACCAAUGUGGUGUCGCCAUCCCUGCCCUCCUGGCUUGGUCUGCAUACCCUUCAUCUUCACAAUGAGAGAUUGUUUAAGGACUCUGACCUGCUGCUGUUAGUGAACUCUCUCCAGGCGUUGUGUAGUACGCCCGGGUGCCGCCUCAGAGACCUGGCUAUGGCUGUGAACUACCUGACGCCUGUGGACGCUGUGGUCGAAGCCUGCCCCUCGGUCACCUCUCUCUCCCUGGACAUCUUCCCUCCCUCACCAGGCUCCUGCAAUAAGCUUGUGCCUAAAAGAGCCUUAAAGUGUGCCAAAAUCACAGAGUUUGCACUGGAGAAGUUGUGUCUAAGGUCGUACCAUGGGAAAGUGCUGAUAGACAUGGAAGGCUUCCUGUCUGUACUAAAACAAGCACCAUACCUCAGCAUCCUGCACGUGUCUGGGAUCCAUCCAGCCUCUCCCAUACUAAACACACUGGCAGAGCACAACAAAAGCUUGAAGUCUCUUAUGUUGGAUAACAUCAAUUUAGCCAGCUCUCACUACGAAAUCCUUCAUCUGUUGGAGAAUUCUGAUCUUCAAGAUAUUUGCUUCAAAGACUGUCAGCUUCUUGACAAAUGUAAGAUCAAGGAGGACUUCCUCACGGCCUUUGUGACGUCACUCAAGGGUCUGCCUACACUGCAGUCUCUUGCUCUGCCUGAAAAUCGACUUGCCAAAAGCGUGAAGGACCUGGCAGAGCUCUUCUCAGGGAACACUCCCAGCACAAUACAGAAACUGGACCUCAGCUCCAAUUACAUUCUGCCUGCGGACCUGCUCGAGUUCAGCACCCAGCUGAGAUUGCACAAGCGAUCGCUCCAGCCCAGCCGCACACUGGUUCUGGACCUCCGGUUAAACCCACUGGACCGAGACCAGGAUGUCAAGCAGGAGGCUCUAAGGACGCUCAUCCCCUUCUGUCACAUUCUCACAGACAACUGGGACUCUGGCUCCACCAUGGCCGAUCACAUCAGCGUGAUGUGAUGUAACCUGGCCAGGGGAGUAUUCCAAGAGCAUGGUUAAAUGAUAAACCUGGCUAAGUUGACCUACAGGAAGAGGUAAAACUGUUAAUAGAUAGCCCACAGGUGUCAGGCUCUUCUAGUAUAUCAUUUACAACUACCUCAAGGUUAACUUUACCUGUUUUACUACUGAGCCAGGUUCUUGGAAUACAAGGCAGGUCACGCACUACAGCAAUUGAGAAACUGCAGCACAUGCGCUGCAUAUUGCUCUUUUAUAAAAUAUUGUUUUAUAAUGUUUCAUUUGAAAAUAUUUGGGGAGUAGUUUGUGUGGAGCACAACUCCAAUUACAUCAAUCACUAUGACAAACAUGAGCUUACUCAUGUGCUGCAUAUGAGGUUUUUGUAUUAUUAUUAUUUGUUUGAUAAUGUUUCAUUAAAAAUGUUUGCAUUGUU